GGCCAGCAGCGGAGGCAUCUCUCAUUCGGCGGACCAGCGCUUGACGGAACGGAUGUGUGCGUGAUCGGUGAUCUAGGCAUCCAUAGAUCGCAUUAAAUCGUAUUCGAUUGUAUCUGAACAGAACGGAUCAGAUCAGAUAUUGGUGCAUCCGCGAGAUAUAUGUAAACAGAUAAACAGAUAAACAGAUACUAGAUACUAGAUACUAGAUACGGAUAAUCAGUUCGCACUUGGCCGGAAGAAGGUGGCAAUUGAGACAACUCAACGCUUUCUGCCCGCCGAUUUGGAUGGCAAACAAAUAAAAGAAGUUCAAGUCAAUCAAUCAGCUAACAGCAAAUCAAAAAAAAAACAGCAAAAAACAACAACAAAAAAAGAAAAAGUUCUAUGAAAUUUUCGCCAGUCAACGCGUUCGGGCCAUAAAAACAAUUCAAAGUGGCCAAGAAAAAUAAAAAAUUAAAUAAAUAAAAAUAGGGAAAAAGAAAAAGAGAAUUCAUUUGAUUUUUCAUUCGAUUCUCGAACUCGAUCUCGAUUUCGUUCUCGUUCUCGUUUCUGAUUGACAACUGCGACUGCGGAUUUUCGCACCUCCAUAUAGGCACUACUACUACUAUUUUUUUUGCAGUGCACAGUGAGUGAUAGAGUGAAAGAGUGAAAGAGUGAUAGAGUGAUUGUGUGUGGGUGCAAUAAGCAAAUUUGACAACUGCGCGAAAAACGUUCGAGAUCAAAACAGCAAAACAACACAGAAAACAAAUCAAACUGAGGCAUAAAUGGAAUAAAUGCGAUUUCCUUUCUUCCACUCUGAGCAAUCGCUUUAUACUUAACCAUAUAUCCAUUACUAUAUACGAUAUAUACUACCAUCGAUUCCCAUUGCGAUGACGCACCUGAUGGGCCCCACUGAGUGCGCCAGCGCCAUGAUGAGCACCUCCAUGCAGUUCCUGGACACCAGCCUGGCCAGCAGUGACUACAACUGCUACGCCAACGACUACUGGACAUCGCCGUACAUGAGCGGCGGACUCAGUCCCAUGAAGCAGAUCGAAGCCUGCAUCCAGACGGCUGGCAAGGAUCGCAGCUCGUACAAGCCGCUGGAGCAGAUCGACGCCAAGUUAGCGGACAUCGAGACGCACAGUACAGGCAGCACUGGCACCGCGAACAGCAGCAGCAGCAGCAACAGCAGCAACAGUGGCAUCUCGAAUGGCAGUUGCCAGGAACAGACGUCGCACGAUUAUGCCGGCGGCAACAGUGAAGCCUCGAUGGCGCCAACCAACACAGCCACGGCGACAGGAGUCAGUGGCGGAGUCAGUUCAUCGGCGGCAGCCAAGAAGUUCAAGGGGCAGCACAAAAAAGACAGCAACCACACAGCGGAGAACAGCGGUACAGUGAAGCCCAACAGCCACAGCAUCGGCAAAGGGGAAGCGGAGCCAGUGCAUCCAUCGCUGGCCCAGGCCAUCGUGGUGCUGGAGACGAAGGCGCUGUGGGAUCAGUUCCACGCCCAGGGCACCGAGAUGAUCAUCACCAAGACGGGCCGUCGCAUGUUUCCCACCUUUCAGGUGAGGAUCGGCGGCCUCGAUCCGCACGCCACCUACAUCUGCAUGAUGGACUUUGUGCCCAUGGACGACAAGCGCUAUCGCUACGCCUUUCACAACUCCUGCUGGGUGGUGGCUGGCAAGGCGGAUCCCAUUUCGCCGCCCAGGAUCCAUGUGCAUCCCGACUCCCCGGCCGCCGGCUCCAAUUGGAUGAAGCAGAUCGUGUCCUUUGACAAGCUGAAGCUCACCAACAACCAGCUGGACGAGAAUGGUCAUAUCAUUCUGAACUCAAUGCACCGCUACCAGCCGCGUUUCCAUCUGGUGUAUCUGCCGCCGAAGAACGCGUCCCUGGAUGAGAACGAGCACUCCAGCCACUUUCGCACCUUCAUCUUUCCGGAAACGAGCUUUACGGCCGUAACUGCCUACCAAAACCAGCGGGUGACACAGCUGAAGAUCUCCAGCAAUCCAUUCGCCAAAGGCUUUCGGGAUGAUGGCACCAACGAUGUCACCACUGGCGCUGGCAGCAGCAUGUCCUCCAUGAGCCACGAAAGCCAGGCGCGCAUGAAGCAGCAACAGCAACAGCAGCAGCAGCAGCAGCAACUGCAGCAGCAACAGCAGCAGCAACUCAAGGAGCGAGCAUCAGCAGUAGCCAGCAACUUUAGCCUCAGUUGCAGCGAACUGGCCAUUGAGCAGCAGCAGCAGCAGCAGCAGCAGCAACAGGGCGUCCUGCAGCUGCCGGCCACGCCCUCCAGCAGCUCCACCUCCGGCAACUCACCCGACCUGCUGGGCUACCAGAUGGAGCAGCAACUGCAGCAGCAGCAGCAGCAGCAACACCAGCAGCAACAGCAACAGCAACAUCAGUCCCAGCAGCAACAUCUCCACCAGCAACAGCAGGCGAACCAUGGCAACCAUGGCAGCCAUGGCAACCAGCAGCAAUCGCUGCUCCAGCAGAGCCAGAAUCACGCGCAGUAUGGCAGCUACCAUCAUCAUCAUGCGUACCAGGCACAGGUGCAGCCACAUCCCCUCACGCCGCACUCCAGCAGCUCCGCAUCCCCGCCAGCAACUGCUGCAGCAGGUGCAGCAACAGCAACAGCAACAGCAGCAGCAGCAGCGGGAGCAGCAGCAGCAGCAGCAACAGCAGCGGGAGCAGGAGCAAGUGCCACAUCAGCCACUCAGGUGAUGACUGCGGCGAACAUCUACUCGAGCAUUGGACAGCCGUAUGCCCAGGAGCAGAGCAACUUCGGCGCCAUCUACCAUCACAAUGCGGCUGCUGCUGCCGCCGCCCACUAUCACCAUGGUCAUGCCCAUGGCCACGCCCACAGUCACGCCCACGGCCACGCCCAUGGGCCGUAUGCCAGCGCCUACGACAAGCUGAAGGUGUCGCGUCAUGCGGCAGCAGCCGCCUAUGGAAUGGGCGCCACCUAUCCAAGUUUCUACGGAUCGGCGGCCCAUCACCAGAUGAUGCGGCCCAAUAGCUACAUCGACCUGGUGCCGCGCUAGGUGGGAAUGGGAGUCUGGAAUCUGGAACAUAUUCAGCUAGGAAUUUCUAAGCAAUUAACACUUAACUUGCCUGUAAAAAUGAUGAUUAAAUGAAAAUACUCUACACUUAGACUACGCCAACAUAGCCAAAGCUAUAAAAUCUCAUGCCAAAGAUUCGUUCUAAAAUCAAGAAUCUAUUUCCACAGGCAACUAGAUGCCAUAUAUAUUAUUUAACAAUUAUUGAAAAGCCUUUAAUGUUGCAACAUUCACAACAAAAACCAAAAAAAACUAAGUUUAAGAAGAGGAAUUAUUUUUUAGCAAUCGCUUCAAAUGCCUUCAAUUAGAAACUUUAGUUCGAGGAAUCUUAUUCUUGAUUUUAGAAUUCAAUUUGUUGGAUUUCAAGUAUUAGCAGCCAGAAAACCAAAUAUAAAUGCAACAAGUAUUACAAGUAUUUCUACACCAAAACAAAAUUACCAUUACAAGUAAACAAUUUUUUUUUUUUAAUUUAGGCUUUAACUUAAUCGAUUUGUGUGUAACAGCAACAUGAAUUCAUGUGAGCUGUAGUGUAAUUUUAAUAUACAUUUUUUUUGCUUAACACUUUAGUUAAUGUUUUUUUUUUUUAUCUAUGUAAAUAGAAGUACAUAUGUCGCUACAUUUAAGAACUGCAACAGUUUCAAGCAAUAAAAGCAAUGGAAAUUAAAA